UUGUGUCAGCCCUGGUACCUUUUGCAAAUUACAUAAAACACAGCGGCGAAUAAAAAAAAUGUUGCGACAAGUGGCUGGAACGACGUUUGCCAAGCUGCUGCGUGCCACUGGCAGUACCGCCAAUGCAACAACUCUACAAGGCACCUUCGGUGGUGCGUUGAGCACAGCGCUGGUGCGCCAUCAGCAGACCAUGCCUGUGGUGGACUCAAACAAUGCGCUGGCCAAGAAGGGAUACUCUCCAUUUGGCACCAAGCAGAGCAGCAUGGCUGAAUGGUCGCUGGCACGACUGGAUGAUCUGCUCAAUUGGGGUCGCAAGGGCUCAAUUUGGCCAUUGACUUUCGGUCUGGCCUGCUGCGCCGUGGAAAUGAUGCACAUUGCUGCGCCACGAUACGAUAUGGAUCGUUACGGUGUUGUCUUCCGUGCCUCGCCACGUCAGGCUGAUGUGAUUAUUGUGGCUGGCACGCUGACCAACAAAAUGGCACCAGCUUUGAGGAAAGUCUACGACCAGAUGCCCGAGCCACGUUGGGUCAUCUCUAUGGGCAGCUGUGCAAACGGCGGAGGAUAUUACCACUACUCUUACUCAGUUGUGCGUGGCUGCGAUCGUAUCAUACCUGUCGAUAUCUAUGUGCCUGGCUGUCCGCCCACUGCUGAGGCGCUGAUGUAUGGUGUGCUGCAGCUGCAAAAGAAGGUGAAGCGCAUGAAGACUCUGCAGAUGUGGUACAGAAAGUAGAGAAUUAGUUUUCAAUUAUAAAUAGAAACGAAGAGAAAAGUGUUGAAUAAAUAUUGUACGCAUAUGUAGUCAUCAACUACAAUAUUUACUGUAAA